AUGUUCCUGUAUACUUCCAUCCUCUACUCAGCACUAUUUGUGCUUCAAAUCAACGCACAGAGCUGUGAACCUGAUGGAGGAACGGGACUUUGUAUUAACAAUCAAUGCUCGCCUGGCUCUACAUGCAUUAUUGAUACUCAGGAAUGUUGUGAUGACAAUCGUGUUAUUUCACCUACUACCGUACCUAGUACAGAUACUACUGUUACAUCUGUAAACACUUUGGCAUCAGGCGCUACGACUGUUUCCUCACCUGCGGAAUGUUGUGAUGACAAUAGCGUUAUUCCACCAACUACCGUACCUAAUACAGAUGCCACUGUUGCAUCUCAAAAUGAGGCAAAAAACUGUGCAAUUGCAGACGCUACGACUGUUUCCUCACCUGCAGUCACUGUUUCAUCAGCUACGGGUGCUACUACUGCUACCACAUGUGUUGACCUACUCAAUCCAAGAACUGGGGUAUCCGACUGUCCAUCAAGAAUUAGCCUUUGUAACGACCCCGUUUACUAUGAUGUAAUGACCGAACAAUGUCCAAAAACUUGUGGAAGAUGCUCUGGUUCUAGCACUGGUGGCACCACAACUUGCGUUGAUAAGCUGAAUCCAGCAACUGGAACGUCUGACUGUCCAGCAUUAUCCCAUUUAUGUAACAAUGCAGCUUAUCUUACUUUAAUGACCGAACAGUGUCCACUUACCUGUAAUAGAUGCUCAACUAGCGGUGGUGCAACCACGGCAGCUUCUGGAACUUGCGUUGAUAAAGUGAAUCCCAGAACGGGAACGUCCGAUUGUCCAAUGAGAGUUUCCCUUUGUCAAGACUCCACUUAUAAUGCGCUUAUGAGAGUGGAAUGCCCAAAAACAUGUGGAUUCUGUAGCAGCAGCAGUAGUGUGACUAGCGCAAACACCGUAGCAUCUACAGCUACCGUAAGCACUGCUACAGCUACAGCUACAGCACGUGCACCUGGAACUUGCGUUGAUGCAAUCAAUCCUCGUACCGGUGUAUCGGAUUGUCCACAACGAGUUUCGCUCUGUAACGAUACCGUCUACCGGGAUCUCAUGUCGGCCCAAUGCCCACUAACUUGCGGUCUAUGCUAG